AUGCGCAAAGCACUCAUCUUCGCUGCAUGCAUGCUUAUUGCUUGGACGAUUGGUGCCCUUUUCAGUGGUCUCUUUCAAUGCGAUCCUAUCGCCAGGGCAUGGAAUAAGGAAUUGCCGGGCCAUUGUAUCAACUCGGUUGUUUACUUUCGAGCAAUUGCCAGCACAAAUCUCAUAACCGACGUCUUUAUCCUUGUCUUGCCUGUCCCUAUUGUGUGGGGAUUGAAUCGACCCAUGGGCGAGAGAGCUGCGCUUAUUGGUAUCUUCGGCUUGGGGACUUUCGUCUCUAUAAUCAGCAUUGUACGAAUAGUGCUGUUGACACCUCCAGACGACCCGGACCCGCUUUGGGACGGUACCCAAGGAACUGUUUGGACAGCCGUUGAAACUAGUAUCGGCGUUGUCUGCGUGAAUCUUCCAAGCAUGGCACCGUUAUUCCGUCGAUAUAUCCUCCGCCACGACAUCGUUACUUCUAGCCGGUCAGGGGGCUCAUCCUACCCCCCUGCACGUAAACCUCGUUACGGGACUGGAAGCUCUUCGCGGUACCGGGGGUCACUCGACAGUAUGAACCCAUUAGGCACAGAGCAAGAGCUCCCUGAUUCACAGCGAGAGAUUUAUGUGAUUAGGGAUUAUAACGUCACUCGGGAUACCAAUGGACAUGUCGAGCUAGACGAGAUGGCAAGCCCGACGGUGAACCCUCCAGGCGAGACUAUUGCUUGGCAUGAAAGGGCGCCGACCCAGAAACUGAGCCAGGAGUUUGCUAUAUGGAGGCCUUGA